UGAUGCUAAUGAGCGGAGUUGCCGGGCGAGCCAGGAACUUCUUACUUGGUCUCUGUGUCAGGAUCGCAGGAAUUAUGCCCCUUCUCUCACCAUGAGCUGGCUCUCCAGUUCCCAGGGAGUCGUGCUAACUGCUUACCACCCCAGCGGCAAGGACCAGGCCGUGGGGGGUAGCCAUGGCCCCGGAGGUGAGGAAUACACCUCGAGUCGCAGGUAUGGCCACUGUACUAUGAACCAGGGAAUUAGCAAAACUACAGAAAGACCUCUGUUUGAUCGAUCAAGUUCCCAGGAUUCUUUGGAUGAACUCUCUAUGGAGCACUAUUGGACUGAAGUAGAAGAUAUCAAGAAAGCAAAUGAGAACAGACAAGAUCAAGAGAUUGUAGUUGUCAAGGAGCCUGAUGAGGGAGAAUUAGAAGAAGAGUGGCUUAAAGAAGCUGGUUUAUCCAAUCUUGUUGGAGAGUCUUCUGGAGACCCCCAUGAAAGCAUGGUGUUUUUAUCAACACUGACCCGGAUGCAGGCAGCAGCUGUUCAGAAACGGGUAGAAACAGUCUCCCAGACCUUGAGGAAAAAAAACAAACAGUACCAGAUUCCUGAUGUCAGAGACAUAUUUGCUCAACAGAGAGAGUCAAAAGAAGUGGUUCCAGAUGGCACUGAAUCACAAUCAGUCAGAACAAAUGAAAACAAAUAUCAAGAAAAAGAUGACCAUGCGCCAAGUCUAGCUGUUGGUGAAAAAGAAAUGAUUCCAUCUGAGGAGACACCUGUCCCUGAAACAGAUAUCAACCUGGAGGUGUCAUUUGCGGAACAGGCAGUCAAUCAGAAAGAGUACUACAAGGAUAAGCCCAAGACCCAAAGCACUGAUGCCACAUUACCUAAUUUCAGAUUGCCAAAGGACAAAACCGGCACUACCAGGAUUGGUGACCUUGCACCCCAGGACAUGAAGAAAGUUUGCUAUUUAGCCCUAAUUGAGCUGACUGCCCUCUAUGAUGUACUAGGUAUUGAACUGAAACAACAAAAAGCCGUGAAAAUCAAAACAAGAGAUUCUGGCCUAUUUUGUGUUCCAUUGACAGUUUUGUUAGAACAAGAUCAAAGGAAAAUUCCAGGAACUCGAAUACCCUUAAUAUUUCAAAAACUGAUUUCUCGGAUUGAAGAGGGAGGGUUAGAAACUGAAGGUCUUUUAAGAAUACCUGGAGCUGCCACUAGGAUCAAGAAUCUAUGCCAAGAACUAGAAGCAAAGUUUUAUGAAGGGACUUUUAAUUGGGAAAGUGUCAAGCAGCAUGAUGCAGCCAGCCUGCUGAAGCUCUUCAUUCGGGAGUUGCCUCAGCCAUUGCUCAGUGUAGAAUAUCUCAAAGCUUUUCAGACUGUUCAAAAUCUUCCAACCAGGAAGCAGCAACUACAGGCUUUGAACCUACUUAUCAUCCUCCUACCUGAUGCAAACAGGGAAACACUGAAGGCUCUGCUUGAAUUUCUUCAAAGGGUAAUAGACAAUAAGGAGAAAAAUAAGAUGACAGCCAUGAAUGUGGCAAUGGUAAUGGCCCCAAAUCUCUUCAUGGGUCAUCCAUUGGGUUUGAAGUCCAAUGAGCAGCGUGAAUUUGCAAUGGCAGCUGGGACAGCUAAUAUCAUGCAUUUACUGAUUAAAUAUCAAAAAAUUCUAUGGACAAUUCCUAAAUUUAUUGUCAACCAAGUGAGGAAACAAAAUACUGAAAGUCAUAAAAAAGAUAAAAAAGCCAUGAAGAAAUUGCUGAAAAAAAUGACGUAUGACCGAGAGAAAUAUGAAAAGCAAGAGAAGAAUGCGAAUGAUGCUGACGUUCCUCGGGGAAUGAUUCGAGUGCAAGCUCCUCAUCUUUCGAAAGUUUCCAUGGCAAUAAAGCUAACUGAAGAACUAAAAGCUAGUGAUGUACUUGCCAAAUUUGUCAGCCAAGAAAGUCGAGUUGCUCAGGUUCUGAAAAAAGGAGAUGUAUUUUUGUAUGAAAUUGGAGGAAAUAUUGGUGAACGCUGUCUCGAUGAUGACACUUACAUGAAGGACCUAUAUCAGCUCAAUCCACAUGCCGAGUGGGUUAUAAAAUCAAAGCCGUCAUAGAAAGAAGAUGUAAGCUGCAGAUAGCCACAAGGACCUCCUUAAUAAUACUUGCUGGGUCAAGAGUGUAAAUUAAUGAAAUGGCAGGACUUUUUCAUUAUUCAAAUGUUCCCAGCUGUUGGCAUAAUGGCACUUCCAAACCUUAAAAAGUUGUGGCUUUGCACUGCUGCCAGAAUUGUUAAUAAUACUUAUUAAUAUUGUUGUUAGUAAACACAUAUUUCUGGAGUUAGAGGAAAGGGGUUCUACUCAGAAAUGUGCCCCAAAGUGACAUACUUUUUUCUAUGUGAAAAUAUAUUCUCUUCCCUCUCACAUUUUUGUCCUAAAAUCAUUUAUACAGUAACAUAGUUUCUCACCUUUCCUCUUCAUGUUUACCUUUUUCCAGGUUAGUUUUGCUUUUUUAACCCAAAUAUUAAUAAUAGUAAUAACAGACAGGGCAAGUUGUGAAGAUAGUCUAUCUUAAAACAAACUAAAUUAAUGUUUUCUUGUUAAUAACCAGUUAUUAUUCAUUUAUUUGACUCUUUUGUUCAAACAAUAAUGUUGUACUCCUUCCAGUUGUAUCACACGAAAUGAUUUGCAUUGUGUAGGUCACCUAACAUAUAACCAUGUUAUUGUGUCAAGAAAAUGGACGUUUCAGAAACUGCCAAUUUCUAUUGCAUCAUUGAAUACAAACAUACUUAGGAUAAAUCAAAUAUACCUUUGUAGCAGAACUGGAGUAUAGAUAUCAAGAGAGGGAGAGCCAGAUCACUUCAUGUAUGUUGUAGUCUUUACAUGAAAUUUUAAAAGUCAUAGUUGACUUUACCGGUUACAUAUUAGCAAUUUAAAAAUACAUCUUUGUAUAAUCCAAUGAUGAAUGGAAACGUAUUCUACUGAAAGAGGUUAGUUUUGUUUUGUUUUAUUUUGUUUUUACUCAUACACAAGUCUACAGGAAAAAUUAUUCUUAGAGGUAUGACAGGCAUGUGUACAAGCUUUUGUUUGUGUAGUUAAUUUAAAUAACCAGAAUACAUUUAUUAAAAUGCUGUGGAACGUACUAUUCCCAGAAAUUUGAAUACAUUAACCGCACUGUGAAAAGAUGAACCCUCUCUACUGUAAAUAAGAGGAGUGUAGCAAGGGAGAAAUGUUCAAUAUUUUAUGAGCUUAUAGUGUAGUAAAUAAAAGGUGAUGUAAAUGAACAUUGCACAAACUGUGUUUAUGAUAUUUUUAGUAGUACUUUAGGAAAAAUUAUGCAUUCUCAGAAGUUCUUGAUGUUACUCUAAUUAUAAAGAAAAGUGCUGUUAAUGAGGACAGUUGUAAAUUUUUAGCAUAUAAUUACAAGAGCAGCCUGUGAAUAUGAUCAUUUAAGUAACUGGUGAUUUGUGCCAUUGCUUUUUUAUUUAAAUUUUUAUAAUUAAAUGCAUUUUUCUAAAUUA